CGAGACCGCCAAUAUACUGAAUACCACACGAGAACUCACACGCAAGAGAACGCGAGAACAAACCCAAGCUAUCACGAGCCACAAUGUACAAAUACGCGGUGCUAUUCGCCCUCCUGACCCUCGCCGGCUGCGAAGAGAGACCACACAAGACCACGCAGUAUGUGGACCCCUUCUCGAUGAUCGACAAGCAUUUCACCCACUCACUAGCAUACCACUACUUAUGGCCAUGGAGUCAACUCAUCCGAGCGGCAGCAGCUUUGGACAUCGAAGAAUCACUAGAAGACCCCCAAAUAAUAUCAGAUGCAGAGAAAUACCAGGUUAACCUAAGCGUGAGAAGAUUCAAACCGGACGAACUCAAAAUCAAAGUCAAGAACCGAUACAUCAUCGUCGAGGGAAAACAUAAAGAAAAGGACAGCGACAAGAAAUUCAUGGCCAACCAUUUCGUGCAACGCUUCGUGCUACCUCUCGGUACUAAACAGGAGGAAGUCAAAGCUGUGUUGAAUGAAAAAGGUGUACUGUCUAUCACAGCGCCGAAACAUGAAUUACCACCACCACCUCCUGAAAGAGAAGUACCGAUUGAAGUGAUCUUGCCCGAAGAAAAGGUGGAGAAACUCGAAGACGAAAUAAAAGAUACAGCGGCGCCUUCGAUACAAACGUCGUCAGUAACACCUUUGGAACAAAUCGAUUUGGAAGCGACGACACACGUCGGCAAAAUAAGGAAGAAGGAACUGAAAACGACGACAAAAACGACGAAAGAUAACGAAGUCACGAAGGGCAUCGACGGCAACGGGCUGGAUUACGCGUUAAUCGAAAGCGACGAGUGAAUGACAAAGCGAGGGAAUGGGAAAAGACUGAAAAUGAGCUUUAAAGUGAGUGAAUGACGCUCGUUGAACGAGCUCGUGCUGUGUUUUGUGCUGAACUAAGUAUUAAAGUUAUUUUGUUUUAAGAAAUAAAGAUGUUAUUUAUUAAGAA